CGCAAAGGCGUGGUUGUGGUUGCGGUUAUCAUUUCAAUAACCACAACUUGGUAACCAUAACCGCGGGUAUGCCGCAGUCUAGUUCCACCCGAUUUGCAUGUAGGGAAUGCAAUACCAAGGAAUGAUAGGCAUGUAACUUACCUUUGACUAGCCACCCUUACAUUAUUAGUUAUCCUGAUGACUUGGCUAAGGGUCGUUUUCUGCAGAAUACUUCAGGACAUCACUUGGAUACUCCUGCUCUUGGAUGCAUAAAGGAAACAGGCGAAUGGGUUCGGCAAGGGAGUGCAAGAUGGCAGAAGAAGGACGGAGUUUGCGAGGAGAGCGGCGGGGAUUGGGCGGGGAAUCACUGCCACGAUGGCCAAGUUGCAGAGACUAGCUGAACUGGCCAAACGGAAGACGCUUUUCGGUGACAGGCCCGUCGAGAUCUCCGAAUUGACUUAUGUUAUCAAACAAGAUCUUGCAUCGUUGAAUCAACAAAUUGCCGGAUUGCAAGCGCUUACUCUAUCGCAACAUCCGAAGACUGGCCGCUCGAAGGCCAACCAAGAGGAAGAACAUAAUGAUAAUGUGGUUGUCAUGCUUCGAGGAAAAUUAGCAGAUGUCGGAGCCAAUUUCAAAGAAGUGCUGGAAGUGCGAACCAAGAACAUCCAAGCGUCGCGUUCGAGAACAGAGAACUUCGUCUCCUCAGUUUCCUCCAAGUCCCAACGUACGCCGCAACCAGGAUUCCAAGGUGGCCAGGAAGUUCUGAGUCUGGAACCCUCGAACCUAUCACCUCUCAGCGGCCCGUCCAUGCAGUCUGACCAACAACUACUUGUCAUAGAAGAAGCGCAGACGGGUAAUUCGUAUAUCCAAGCCCGUGGCGAAGCAAUCAACGCCAUCGAACGGACAAUUGGUGAAUUGGGAGGUAUUCUUGGCCAGCUGGCUCAGGUGGUCAGCGAGCAGUCGGAAAUGAUCCAACGGAUCGACGCAAACACUGAGGAUGUCGUGGACAAUGUCCAAGGGGCACAACGUGAAUUGAUGAAGUACUGGAAUAGUGUGUCUAGUAAACGGUGGUUGAUUGUGGUGUUCUGA